UCGAUGCCAUACGUUGUCACCAAUGUAAUUCCCAUCUGCAGGAGGAUUGUAAUGCGUUACGUUUAAUCACACCCCGUGCGCCGCUUGACGAUCAAUUCCUUGAAGAGUGUUCAGAACCAGAUAUGUUUUGCCGCAAAACAGUUACAAACAUCGAAGUGAGUGGUGAGAAUCGCAUCAUACGCAGUUGUGGCAAGCUGGAUAGCUAUGUGGGUGAGAAAAAAGACAAUUGCUUUGAUGCUGACAAUGAGGGCUACAAACAGACCAUCUGUACCUGUUAUGAGGAUGGCUGUAAUGCGGCACCACCACGUCUGGCCACUGGCGACCACGUGACCAUGUUGAGUGCGACUGGGUUGUGUGUAUUGGUGGCACGUCUGUUGCGGAUUAGUGCUUAGAUAGCGUUAAUGUAUGUGGCAAAUACAUGUGGAUGUAAGGCAUACUAAAUAUACUUUGUAGGAUAAUGAAAAUUGGAAAUGCUUUGCACUAAAAAGCGUACGAUGAGAAAUGUUUAAAGUCUAUUUCGAUACUUUUUUUUGUUUGGUAUAAGUCUUCAUUAAAGCAAAUGUAACUUAAUGUGCAAACUUUUGGACUCGAUUUAUAAAUUAUCGACUUAAUAAAAUUAAAUGCAUACAUAUUCUAGUAUAAGUAAGUUUGAA